CGAAAUUUCGGACGCCACGACUUUUCUUUCUAUUUUGAAAGUCGGAUAUCGAGCCUCCAACACUACUUCGGACACCUCGCUGGGCCAACGUUUUAAUAAUAUGGGAAAAGAAAACAUACCUUUUUUCACUGCUUGGAUACUUUUGGGAAAAAUCUUUGCCAUUUUUUGUUCGGACCCCGAACUCACCACCAACACCGUGUUUGUGAACAGCAGUGUCACCCCCACGUCCCCGCCCGCCACCACCACCGAGUGGCUCACCGACUACACAGACAUCGAGUCCAAGUUCUCCCUGCGCACGGCCGACGUUCCCGAUGACGACAUGUGCUACAUUGUGGCCGGGAGGCCCGACACUAUCCAGGAGUGCGAGUUCAAUGCGCAGACGCAGACGUUUGUCAUCAUCCACGGCUGGACGGUAACGGGCAUGUUUGAGAGCUGGGUGCCCAAGCUGGUGUUGGCCUUGUACGAGCGCGUGCCCAGCGCCAACGUGAUCGUGGUGGAUUGGCUGACGCGCGCCAACCGUCACUACCCGACCUCCGCGGCCUACACCAAGCUGGUGGGCCGAGACUUGGCCAAGUUUGUCACCUGGAUACAAAAAGAGCUGCAGCUGCCCUGGGAUAGGAUCCACCUGCUGGGUUACAGUCUCGGGGCGCACGUGGCCGGGAUUGCCGGAGACCUCACCGACCACAAGAUCAGCAGGAUCACAGGACUGGAUCCCGCCGGUCCGACCUUCGAGCACGCGGACGACCAGAACACGUUGUCCAGGGACGACGCCCAGUUCGUGGACGUCCUGCACACCAACACCCGAGGCUCACCGGGGCGCAGCAUCGGCAUCCAGAAGCCCGUGGGCCACAUCGACAUCUACCCCAACGGGGGCACCUUCCAGCCGGGCUGCGACAUCCAGAACACCCUCAGGGGGAUUGCACUUGAAGGCAUCAAAGGCCUACAAAACAUGGACCAACUGGUGAAAUGCUCCCACGAGCGCUCCAUCCACCUGUUCAUCGACUCGCUGCGCAACACGCAGCAGCAGAGCAUGUCCUUCCGCUGCAAUUCGCAUGAGGCUUUCAACAAGGGCCUGUGCCUCAGCUGCCGCAAGAACCGCUGCAACAAGAUCGGCUACAACAUCAACAAGGUCCGCAUGACGCGCAGUGCCAAGAUGUACCUCAAGACUCGGGAAAUGAUGCCCUACAAAGUUUUCCACUACCAAGUGAAGAUGCAUCUGUUCAGCAAGAAAAGCCUGACUUUCAAUGAGCAGCCCGUGAAAAUUUCCCUGUAUGGAACCCACGGAGAGAAGGAAGACAUCCCCUUUGUCCUCCCCGUCAUGAACGGCAACAGCACGCUGUCCUUCCUCCUCACCACCGACGUGGACAUCGGGGACCUGAUGAUCGUCAAGCUGCGCUGGGAGAAGGACGCCAUCAUCAGCUUGUCUGACUUGUGGGGCACCAGCAAGUUCUACGUCCGGAAACUGCGCGUCAAGUCGGGGGAGACCCAGUCCAAGGUGAUCUUCAGUGCAAAGGAAGCAGAGUUCACUGACCUGGUCAGAGGAGGAGAAGCUGCAGUUUUUGUCAAGUCCAAAGAAGACAACAUGAGUCGUAAAGAGAAAUUGAUGCACAAGUUGAAGACGCAGGGCAGUCUGUUUGGUCAGAAUGAUGCUUGAACAUGCAGAGGAACACAUACACCCCUCCGAGCACCCCCGUUGUCAUCAUGAUCAUCAUAAUCAUCAUCUUCAAAGAAGGACAAAGCAUUGCACGGGAAUUGGCAAUCAAAGCACACACAAUCUGUAUGCAAUGUGAGUCUAGACCUUGGAAAAAAAUGUUACACAAGUGUUGAUGUUCUCGCAUUUUACAUUUGUACACGUCUUUGCAAUCAAUUGUCUAUGCUUAUGUUCGUUUGUACACACUUAUUGUGCCUAUAUGAACUAUGGAUUUUUGCUUAUAUGGAUGAUUCAGGGUGACAGGCAUAAAUUUAGGCAAAUGUUUGUCUUCCCAAUGCAAAAAGAUGAUCAUUUUUGUCCCUUUGCCUAACUACUAACCGCCAGCAAUCGACAGGGACCAAAAAAUUAUUGACUAUCUCCUGAAUCACAUUGGUCUUGUAAAUACCAUUUGAAGAAAAAUCAGUGUUUUAUUUUUGGAUUUCUGAAUUGCGGUCAUUGGAUUCGAUUGCCUUUUGGUUCUUGUAUCACAGGUCACUUUAAAACGCUUUCCCUGCAGACAUUUUUUUUAAAAGAAGAACUCUGCCCAGUUUGAGAUUUCAGCCUUACUUUCAAACGCCAAACAAGUUACAAGAUUGCUGGAAAUAAAAAUACACACGCAAUCCGCUGCAGUUUGCAACAGGCCUUCCUACCACAUAGCCACAAUACAUCUCAAGAAUACGCCAUGUUGUAUUUAUUGAAUGUACAUUUAUAUAUUUGUAUAUUAAGCUGUAAUAUAAAUUGUCAUGCUUU